CCCCUCGCGCUCUCCGCCCAGCUCGCCUCCAGUCCUUCCCCGCCCUCUCCAUCCGGGUCGCUGACUGCUGUCUCCGGACUGGACAGCGGUGGCGGCCGCUUUCCUCUGAGGAACCCGGUAAAGUUUCACGCGAGCCGGGGAGGGGAGCAGCGGCACCGACGCCGGAGGAGCCUUGCGGGCCGCCUCCACUGGCUUGAAGGAGGAGGGUUCCAGAAGCUGAAAGCCUGCUCCGGCAGCCGCGCCGCCUCGUCCCGCAGCCGCCCUGGGCAUUUUCUCCCCCGAGGGCCCGGGUAAGAACUUCAGUUUUCUGUUGAUGUGGAGACUUAGGGUACCUCCAACUUCCCAGUGUUUCAGAAGGAAGUUUUUCAUUGAAACUGGAAGACCAAAAUAAUUGCAAGAAUGUUGUGCUGGGGAAAUGCAUCCUUCGGACAGCUAGGUUUGGGUGGAAUUGAUGAAGAAAUUGUAUUAGAGCCCAGAAAAAGUGACUUUUUUAUAAAUAAAAAGGUCCGAGAUGUAGGAUGUGGACUCAGACACACCGUAUUUGUUUUGGAUGAUGGGACGGUGUACACAUGUGGAUGUAAUGAUCUGGGACAACUGGGUCAUGAGAAAUCCAGAAAGAAACCAGAGCAGGUUGUUGCCCUGGAUGCUCAAAAUAUCGUAGCUGUAUCAUGUGGAGAAGCUCAUACAUUAGCACUAAAUGACAAGGGACAGGUGUAUGCUUGGGGUCUCGAUUCUGAUGGACAACUUGGCCUGCUAGGAUCAGAGGAAUGUAUCAGAGUACCAAGGAACAUUAAAAGUUUGUCAGAUAUCCAGAUCGUACAAGUUGCUUGUGGUUAUUAUCAUUCACUUGCACUUUCUAAAGCAAGUGAAGUCUUCUGUUGGGGACAGAAUAAAUAUGGCCAGUUGGGUUUAGGCAUUGACUGUAAAAAGCAAACUUCACCUCAGCUGAUUAAGUCUUUGCUUGGAAUCCCUUUCAUGCAAGUUGCUGCAGGAGGAGCCCAUAGUUUUGUACUGACUCUUUCUGGAGCUAUCUUUGGAUGGGGACGCAACAAAUUCGGUCAACUGGGUCUUAAUGAUGAAAAUGAUAGAUAUGUUCCUAAUUUACUAAAGUCACUAAGAUCUCAGAAAAUAGUUUAUAUUUGUUGUGGAGAAGACCAUACUGCUGCACUCACCAAGGAAGGAGGAGUAUUUACCUUUGGAGCUGGAGGGUAUGGUCAGUUGGGUCAUAACUCUACCAGUCAUGAGAUAAAUCCAAGGAAAGUUUUUGAACUUAUGGGAAGCAUUGUCACUCAGAUUGCUUGUGGAAGGCAGCACACUUCUGCUUUUGUUCCUUCAUCAGGACGAAUUUACUCUUUUGGACUUGGUGGUAAUGGGCAGCUAGGGACUGGUUCAACAAGCAACAGGAAAAGUCCUUUCACUGUGAAAGGAAAUUGGCUCCCUUAUAAUGGCCAGUGUCCACCAGCUAUAGAUUCUGAAGAAUAUUUCUGUGUAAAAAGAAUUUUCUCAGGUGGAGAUCAAAGCUUUUCACAUUACUGUAGUCCUCAGAACUGUGGGCCACCAGAUGACUUUAGAUGUCCUGAUCCUUCAAAACAGAUAUGGACAGUGAAUGAAGCUCUAAUUCAAAAAUGGCUGAGCUACCCCUCUGGAAGGUUUCCUGUGGAGAUAGCCAAUGAAAUAGAUGGAACAUUUUCUUCCUCUGGUUGCCUAAAUGGAAGUUUUCUAGCUGUUAGCAAUGAUGAUCAUUAUAGAACAGGUGUCAGAUUUUCGGGGGUUGAUAUGAAUGCUGCUAGGCUUUUAUUCCACAAACUUAUACAACCUGAUCAUCCUCAGAUAUCUCAGCAGGUGGCAGCUAGUUUGGAAAAGAAUCUUAUUCCUAAACUGACUAGUUCCUUACCUGAUGUUGAAGCAUUGAGGUUUUAUCUUACUCUGCCAGAAUGUCCUCUGAUGAGUGAUUCCAACAAUUUCACAACAAUAGCAAUUCCCUUUGGUACAGCUCUUGUGAACCUAGAAAAGGCACCACUGAAAGUACUUGAAAACUGGUGGUCAGUUCUUGAGCCUCCACUAUUCCUCAAGAUAGUAGAACUUUUUAAGGAAGUUGUGGUACAUCUUUUGAAACUCUACAAGAUCGGCAUUCCCCCUUCUGAAAGAAGAAUUUUCAACAGCUUUCUUCAUACCGCAUUAAAGGUUUUAGAAAUAUUACAUAGGGUAAAUGAGAAAACGGGGCAGAUUAUACAGUAUGAUAAAUUUUAUAUACAUGAAGUACAAGAAUUAAUAGACAUAAGGAAUGAUUAUAUCAACUGGGUUCAACAGCAGGCCUAUGGAAUGGAUGUCAACCAUGGAUUAACUGAGUUGGCAGAUAUCCCUGUAACAAUCUGCACAUAUCCAUUUGUAUUUGAUGCCCAAGCAAAAACUACUCUGUUACAGACAGAUGCAGUCUUACAGAUGCAGAUGGCUAUUGACCAGGCCCACAGACAGAAUGUCUCCUCUCUUUUUCUCCCAGUUAUUGAAUCUGUGAAUCCCUGCUUAAUUCUCGUGGUGCGUAGAGAAAACAUUGUAGGAGAUGCAAUGGAAGUUCUUAGGAAAACAAAGAACAUAGAUUACAAAAAGCCACUCAAGGUUAUAUUUGUUGGAGAAGAUGCUGUUGAUGCAGGAGGGGUACGCAAAGAAUUUUUCUUGCUCAUCAUGAGGGAAUUACUGGAUCCUAAAUAUGGCAUGUUUAGAUAUUAUGAAGAUUCCAGGCUUAUUUGGUUUUCUGAUAAGACAUUUGAAGACAGUGAUUUGUUCCAUUUGAUUGGUGUUAUUUGUGGAUUAGCAAUUUAUAAUUUUACUAUUGUGGACCUCCAUUUUCCUUUGGCUUUGUAUAAGAAACUGCUGAAAAAGAAGCCAUCCCUGGAUGAUUUGAAAGAAUUAAUGCCGGAUGUUGGGAGAAGCAUGCAACAGUUACUGGAUUACCCAGAAGAUGAUAUAGAGGAAACGUUUUGUCUAAACUUUACGAUCACAGUUGAAAACUUUGGUGCAACAGAAGUGAAAGAGCUGGUUCUAAAUGGUGCAGACACAGCUGUUAACAAACAAAAUCGGCAGGAGUUUGUUGAUGCUUAUGUGGAUUACAUAUUCAAUAAAUCAGUGGCUUCCCUAUUUGAUGCUUUUCAUGCGGGCUUUCAUAAGGUCUGUGGAGGAAAAGUCCUUCUGCUCUUCCAGCCAAAUGAACUACAAGCAAUGGUUAUUGGAAAUACAAAUUAUGAUUGGAAGGAACUGGAAAAGAAUACAGAAUACAAAGGGGAAUACUGGGCAGAACAUCCUACAAUAAAAAUUUUUUGGGAAGUGUUUCAUGAAUUACCAUUGGAAAAGAAAAAACAAUUUCUAUUAUUUUUGACAGGUAGUGAUCGCAUUCCUAUUCUUGGUAUGAAGAGUCUCAAACUAGUCAUCCAGUCAACAGGAGGUGGUGAGGAAUAUCUCCCAGUUUCUCAUACCUGUUUUAAUCUUCUGGAUCUUCCGAAAUAUACAGAAAAAGAAACUCUGCGCUCUAAACUGAUCCAAGCUAUUGAUCACAAUGAAGGCUUCAGUUUAAUAUAACUUUGGAGUUAUUACAGCUAUUCAGUUUAGUGCACAAGCAUUAAGCUAUUUGUGUUUUCCUUGUGAUGAAUUCAGCAAGACAGAGGUACUAUUAUAAUUCUUCAACUUGCAAAAUGCUAUUAUUCAUGACAGCCAAAAAAUAUUAAAGGAAAAUAAACAAACUGUUAUUAAACUUAUUGUACAGAACUAUGGAUUUUUUCCAUCUUACAAUAAACAUACAAGUAUUGUGAAUACAUUAAAGUUUUACUAACAUGAAUUUUAAGAGUUUGCAUAUUUCAGAAAUGAUCUGAUGUGUGAGUGCAUGGAAAUGUUGCUUAAUUUUUCCUCAAUCACUGGGUGAAAAAAAGCCUUUAACCUUGGCCUGCAAUAGUCAUUGGAUUAUUUUUUCAUUUUGUAAAUAAUGUUAAGUUUUGUAAUAAAAUAGUAUGUUCUGAUACCAGUGCAGUUUCUAUGGUUGUAAUUGAACUGAGCAGACUUUGUAGGUUAAAAAUUAUGAUUUAAAUUUGAGAAUGUAUAAAAAGAAAAAAAGCAUAAUGGAAACAGUUUUUUAUUUUUGUUUUUUUGUUUUGUUUUUUGGCUAGAAUAUCAUUGUGCAAACCUAAAUCACAGGUAGGAAUUUACUAAAUAACUUGUAGUUUCUUUUGUGAACCCCGAGAUGCUGAUAAUUAGGAAGUUGUUUAUCAGAAAGCAUAUUAAUGUUUAAGAAUGGAGGAAUUUUAUCUCUACAGUUGCCAGUAAACAUUGGCUACACAGAGAACCAAACACCGAGAUACAACUUUCUAAACUGCUGCAGGUUAGUAUUUAGUCAGAAUUUUCAGUGCUGUAGAACCAUUUCCUUGAAUUUUAAGAACAAAUCUUAACAGUUUUAUGGUGCUGAUGCUUAGUUAUCUGUCAUUAAACUCUAGUCAAUGCAAAACAUGUGACUUUCUGCUAUAAUGCAAAUAUUUAUUUUCAAAAUUUAUUUUAAAAUGCCAUGAAAAUUGUUUAAAUAAUAAUAAAAGA